AUGGGUUCCUCAGAGUUACUCUCCAAUGACAAAUAUUGUGGUAUGGAUAUCUUGUUACUGGGUGAAUGGGAAGAGAAACUCGCAUUGGAGUUGCUCUUAGAGACACAAGGACUUUCUAAUUACAUAUUAGAGUACAAGAAAAGUGACUUGAAGAGUGAAUUCUAUUGCAAUUCUCUCUUAUUUCAGGAUUUGAAUUCAGAUCCUAGAGUCAGUUCUGGUGAGAAGAGAAUUAAAGUAACUGGCUGGGUUGUUGAAUACCAAGAUAAUCUGAUUGGGCUUGGAGUUGAUGAGUCUCUAGCCCAAGUGUGCUCUGAGAGUGGUUCAAUGGAUCCUUUAAUGAACUCUUAUGUUGAGAGAAUGCAAGCUACAACUAGGAAAUGGUACUUGAAUAUUUUGGAGGCAGAUAGAACACAACCCCCAAAGAAAACUGAAGAUGGGAAGUUAUAUACCCCUGCUGCUGUUGAUCUCUUCAGGAUACUUGGUGAGCAAGUACAAAUUGUUCGGGAUAAUAGCACUGAUCUCAUGUUAUACAGAAUUGCCUUAGCAACCAUUCAGGUGAUGAUUGAUUUUCAAGCAGCUGAAAAGAAGAGACUUGAAGAACCAGCUUCUGAAAUUGGUCUGGAACCUUUAUGCGCUAUGAUUAACAACAAUUUGCGCUGCUAUGACCUUGCAAUGGAACUAAGUAAUAGCACCAUAGAAGCCCUUCCACAGAACUAUGCUGAGCAGGUUAAUUUUGAAGACACCUGUAAGGGUUUUCUUGAGGUAGCAAAGGAAGCUGUGCAUCAAACUGUUAGUGUGAUAUUUGAAGAUCCUGGCGUCCAGGAGUUGCUGGUGAAGCUAUACCAAAAAGAAUGGAGUGAGGGGCAGGUUACUGAGUACUUGGUUGCAACAUUUGGUGAUUAUUUUGGUGAUGUAAAAAUGUAUAUUGAAGAACGAUCUUUUAGGAGAUUUGUUGAGGCAUGCCUGGAAGAAACCGUGAUUGUUUAUGUUGAUCAUCUUUUAACACAGAAAAAUUACAUUAAGGAAGAAACUAUUGAACGGAUGAGGCUAGAUGAGGAGGUUAUCAUGGAUUUCUUUAGGGAACAUAUCAGUGUUUCUAAAGUUGAAAACAGAGUGAGUGUACUUAGCGACUUGAGGGAACUUGCUUCAGCAGAGAGCCUGGAUACCUUCACACUCAUCUACACAAAUAUACUUGAACAUCAACCCGACUGCCCGCCUGAAGUUGUCGAGAAACUUGUUGGUCUACGGGAAGGCAUUCCUCGGAAGGAUGCCAAAGAGGUCAUUCAAGAGUGCAAAGAGAUAUAUGAGAAUUCACUUGUUGACGGAAAACCUCCAAAGGUUGGUUUCGUUUUCCGACGAGUGAAGUGCUUGACAGUAUCCAAGGGAGGGAUAUGGCGCAAACUCACUUGA